AUGGUCAAGGAAAUUGAGGGCACGUUUGAGGCGGGAGACAUGAGCCUGUACACAAAGUCAUGGCUGCCUGAUGGCCCAGCAAAAGCCAAGAUGAUCAUGUUCCACGGUUUCUCUGACCAUUUGGACCGCUAUUACGACUUGUUUCCCACACUUGCCCGUGGCGGCAUUGCCGUCUACGGCCUCGACCAGAGGGGAUGGGGCCGCUCGGUAAAGAAGACCUCGCAGCGCGGCAACACGGGCCCGACCUCUCAAGUCCUCGCGGAUAUGGCGGCCUUUAUCAAAUCACAGCUGCCGUCGGACGUUCCCGUUUUUGUCCUGGGCCACUCCAUGGGCGGCGGGCAGGUGGCCACGCUGGCGAGCUCGCCGCAGUACGCGGAGCUGACGGGCCAGGUGCGCGGAUGGAUCCUCGAGAGCCCGUUCAUUGGCUUCACGGCCGAGGAGGAGCCCAACUGGCUGACGGUCUUCUCGGGUCGUCUGGCGGGCAAGCUCAUGCCGCACUUUCGCCUGGUGCGCCCCAUUGCGCCCGAGAAGAUGUCGCGCGACCCCGCGGUGGUCGAGUCCGUCCGGGCAGACAAGCUGAUGCACAACACGGGCACGCUCGAGGGGCUGGCCAGCCUGCUGGACCGCACGGCGUCGCUGAGCAAAGGGGAGCUCAAGCUCAAUGACAAUAUCCGGAGCCUGGUGGUCAUGCACGGCGACGCGGACAGAGUGUGCAGCUUUGACACGGCGCGCAAGUGGUUCGAGAGCCAAAGCGUCCCAGACGGCGAGUUUAGGGUCUACGAAGGGUUUUAUCACCAGCUGCACGCUGAUCCCGGCCGCGAGCGCUUCUACGACGAGGUCCGAGACUGGAUCCUGGAGAGGGCCGAGGGCGGCGCCAAGUCGGGCACCGAGGUCACCAAGACCAAGAGCCCGGUUGUGGAGGGCAGGGCAGAGGCCAAGUUAUAA